AUGAGCUCCAUUUCUGGCAGUUCUCACCGCAACAAUUACGGGUAUCAACAGUUUAAUAUGCCUUUGCGAGGUAUGGUUUUUAAUUUUACUUUCUUGUUUUUUAGGACUUACAGGGUCGGGCGGGCACUUUUUGGUCUGGGGCGGGGGUCAAAAAAAUUUUUUUUCCGAAAAUCCAAAGGGGGACCACGUUCAACUUUUUUAAAAAAUUUUUUUGAUAAAAUGCUGUUUAAAAAUUUUUUAGAAUUGGAAAAGUUUUUUUUCAAUUUUCAGAAGAAACCUCUUCUCAAUAUUCAAACAUGUAUGAUGAUGAUUCAGACCUGGAGCAAAUGGUCAGCAAAUUUAUGGCUAAUAGCCAGUCAGCUCAUGCCGAUUUGGCUCAAAUGGUAAGUCUUUCAUUUUUUGUCACCCUACCCUUACAUUAUCUUACUUUUACUUUACAUUGCCUUACCACUACUUUAGCCCCACCAAUAUCAAUUUUAUUUUGACGUCCUAAAGCCAUACCAAAAAGUAUAAGUGUCCCUAUUUCUGACUAUCCAUUACCAUAAUCAUGUAAUUGUAAAUAUGAAUAUACAUUUUGUCAGAGCAACAAAAACAAGCCCAAGAACGAAGAGGAGAGCGAUUACGAAGACGAAGAGGAAUUGGACAGUGAUGAAGAGUUCUACGUCCACAAAAGUCUGUUGCCAAUGAGGAAGUCCCAAUCCUCGACAGCCGGCUUUCUUCGCCAGCUCAAUUCCUACAACAACCAGAUGGAGAAGGAGCGACGGAAAAGGGUAUGGUUUUAUUUUUUAAGUCCAAAAUUUCUUUUAAUUCGAAAUUUUUUUUUAUUUUUAAAAUUUUUGGUCUAUGGUUGAAAAUAAGAAUAUGAUUUUGAAUAAGAGAUGUGAUUUUUGUAAAGCUUUUGGGUGAGGAGGUAAUGGUGAAGAAAGUGCAUUUUUUUAAUCAACAGGGGGAGGGGGAACUACGGUCAACUUUUAAAAAAAAUUUUUUAAUUUGAAAAUUUUUGAUUUUUGGGUGAUAUACGAAGGUGUAAGGGCCGUAUCUUUUCAAAAUUGAAUUUAAGGGGGGGGGGUGGGGGGAUACAAAACAAUUUUUUUAACUGUAAAAAGGUCAUUUUAGUUAGAAAAAUUGUACAGUGGAACUCCUGUAUAACGUAUCGUUCGGGAACUUGAAAUUUGUACGUUAUAAAUGAGUUUCGUUAUACAGGAGUUUAGAUGCACUGUGUAGUAGUAGACGGAAGUUGUUUUGUUAUACGGGAUUUUCGUUAUAGAGGAAUUCGUUACAGGUAUUCCACUGUGUUUUAAAACCUCUUUUUAACGAAGGUAACUGUACUAUAAAAUGUGAUUUUUGUCUUUACAAGUGUGGAAGAAACACUUUUUUUGACGUAUUUAUAAUAGUUUUAGUAUUAUAAGAAAAGUAGAAUAUAUAAUGGCACAGACAGGAAAAAAACAGGGGAUUAAAUCUUUUUUUUCUAUUUUUUUCAACAAUAUAAAUUGUAAAUUGUCAGAAGUGUUAGUGUGGCGCUUUUGUCUGGUAUUAUAUUAUAGUACUCAUAAAAAAUAGAGGAAGUAAAAAUGAGUUUAGUGGUUGGGGAGCAAAAUUCUUAAAACAUGCUUAUUCAUAGGUUUUGGCAGAACCGGUCAGCUUAUUUUGGCCAGGAGGGUAAAAUUUUUUUUCUUUGCAAGGGAAGGGCUAGUCUGAUUGUGAGGCUAAGUAUAAGUUAAGAAAGACUAGGGCUAGGGCUACUGUAGGGCACAAUUGAAACUAUGGUAGAACGGGAGUAAGGCUACAAUAAUUAUCAAUAGGGGGCCUAUGUCCUAAAUUAAAAACUUAUUUUUGGUUGAUUUUCUUCUAGUAGAGUAAGGUAGGUUAGCCUUAGAUUAUGGUUCUAAUUAUUGAUACUUUGGCUUAUAAUUUUUAAGACAAUUGCUAUUUUUAUCAUAUCAUCUUUAAAGUUUGAGACAUUUGCCCACGAUGUUCCGUAUUUUACAAAAUAUUUCGAUUUCAAAACUUUGAAAUUAUUAAAAAUAGAAUUUUUUGCAAAAUUUUUACAGUUUUUUAAAUUUAAUUUAAUAUUUUGAUUUUUGGAAAAUAUUUUUUUUAUUUUUACCACAUAAAAAAAGUGAAAUACGUCAAUUUACGUAUAACACGCUAUAUUUUUUGUUCACUUUCUAAUUUUAUACUCAUUUACGGACCAAAAAAGUCAAAAUGUAAUUACAUAAGCAGCACAUAAGCAAUAGGAUGGGGGAUUGUAAUGUAAUUUGAGGAAAUUAUUGGGUUUUUUGUACUCUUAUUUUGUUAUUUAGGUAUAUCAUACUUUAGCUAUGAUAAUAUAAUAUUUAUGGCUAAUAGUAUCAAAUUGGUUUUGUUUUUGAAUUUUGGUGGCAAUGAUGUUUAGAGGUGAGAAAGGGAGGGGUAGUUUUAAGGUCUUUUUGCUUGAAUGUGUAAGAUUUUUUUACAAAACAAAAAUGGCAAGAACUUUCUUUACAAAGCAGGAACUGACAAGAACAUUGAUAAAACUUAUCUAUUAUUUAUUAAAAUGACGUUUUUAAUAAUAAUUUUUGCAUUUUCCGCGAAACAUUUUAAUUAAGCCUAAACUUUGCACUUUUGCCUGACUAAGCGGCCAUAUUUUUUAUGAUUCCCUGAGGGCAAAGCAAGUUUUCUAUCCUAUUUUCUCAUUCUCUCAGACAUCUGGAUUUUACAUUCUUGUUUUCGUUUACUUCGGAUUAAUUCCGCUGUAAUUACUUUACAUUAUGUUGUCUUAUGUUAUACUUCAAUGACAAUGAUUAUUUUUAAGCGUCGUGUUUUUUUUAAGGAAGUUAUGACAAAAUAAAGAUAAUUUUAGAUUUUAGUUUAUAAAAUUUGUUUUGUAAAGAAAUGUCUUGCCAUUUUUCUGUUUUGUAAGGAAAGUUUUGUGCCAUUUGUAAUAGACAAAACGAAAUUAUUGGGUUUUGCAGCUUGCGCGUGCCAUUUUAUACAAAAGACAAAAGUGUUUUUUUUUGUUUUUUACUUUUGUGCUUUGUAAAGAAAGUUCUUGCCAUUUUUUGUUUUGUAAAAAAAGUUCUUGCAAUUGCUUUCUUUGUAAAGAAAGUUCUUGCCAUUUUUUGUUUUUUAAAGAAAGUUCUUUUUAUUUUUUGUGUUGCAAAGAAAAUUCUUGCUAUUUUCUGUUUUGUAAAGAAAGUUCUUGCUAUUUUUAGCAUCCGAAUCUAGCUUUAUGCCAUUUUAUAACUCUAUAUCUUUCGAAUUCUACUUUUUCAGCAGUCCGAAAUAAUGUCCGAAAUCGAAGCUCAAAAGAUGGCCUUCCUCGCCGAGUAUCGUCGCAAAGCCUCGAUCAAUGUGCUAACAGCCGCUGGCAGUUCAAUUGACAAAAUAUGGCCUGAACCUGAUCCAGACCCGGAUAUGAGUCAAUAUCAAGCUUCGUUAAGGAUACCUCCACAUCCAACAGUCAAUCUGAAGCGUGGAGAUGUUGUAGCAGUUCAGGUGGAUGAAACAAAUCCGGAUAUGGGUAUUAGUGAUGGAUGUUGGUCAUCUCCUGGCAACUUUUUCGAAGACGAAAGUGAAGAGGAAGAUGACUAUGACAGUGAUUUGGGUGAGAGCGAGUUUGAACGGGAGGUAAGAGGGGUUUUUGAUAGAAGUUAAGGAAAGGGAUUUUUUAAUUGACACAGGUUGGGGAGAGGUGAUUUUUUGGGGAGGGGGUGGGGGAAAUUUUUUGAGAAGGCGAUAAGGGAGGAUUAUUUUUAGCAGUAAAAGAAAGGAGUUGUUUUUGGGAAAGGAUGACGUGAAAGGUGUGGGGAAAGGGAUUUUUGGGAGGGGUAAUUUUUUAACAGGAUGAGAAAGAAGUCUGAAUUGCGUAAGGAGAGGAUCUAAAAGGAAAAAUCAGAUUUUUUUACCCUUGCUCCCAGACCAAAAGUCCCCGCUCAGCCCUGCCCAUACCUCAAAAAAUAUUUUACCUAGGCUCUUAAUAUCACAUAUCACCUAUUCAAUUCUACAUCAAGUAAAAUAAAAUGUACCCCAAGGCCGGGCGCUGGGGGGGGGGAGAAGUGAACCCCCCCCAGAAAAAAAUUUUCGAAAAAAGUUGAACGUGAUCCCCCCCCUGUGGAUUUUUGGAAAAUUUCUUUUUUCGAUCCCCGCCUCCAGAACAAAAGUCCUCGCCCGCCCCUGAUGUACCUGUCCAAAAAAUUUUUUUCUUGGCUUUUUAACAAAACGAAUCUUUUUGUCUACAUAAUAUAUAAAAACUACUUAUUUUCAUACUGUAUUUUUGUUUUUACCACUUUCUGAACUGUUUCUUGGCCCAUAUAACACUGUCUCUAUUGUGUUAAAUAGAAGACAUUGUGGACAAAUUUUAAUUUUUUUUGUUUUUGCGUCUCUUCUGGAGGCAAAAGAACAUAUCAAUACCAGUCGUCCUCUCCCUUAAGAGUAUUGCGCAACAAAACAGAAAAGAGACGGGAAAUAACAUUGGGCAUGGGGAAUGGGGAAAUAAGCGGCAUUCAGCGGGUUUUCGAAACAACAAAACAUUUCAUUGGGUUGGAACACUUAGGAAAUAUGAUUGUUUUGGGGUGGAUUUGAUAAAAAAUUGUAUAUUUCAAAAGAAGGCGGGGGUAUAAUAACGAAUAAUACUUCUAGGGGUAAAUCAAGGUAAAUUACUCUUCGUAUUUCAUUUAACAAGUUUUGGGUGGAAUAAUACGGAGGGUAGAGUAGGGAAAUAAAAGGUCUAUAAUUUACAGAAUGGAGUAGAUUAUGAAGGGUAGGAUUGUGUUUGUUCAUAAAGAUAUGGCAAAAGAAAGCUUUGUGCUUAGGAGAGGGGUAGGGUAAGGAUACAGCAUGAACAAGAGCUUAAGAUAAACCUAGAAUUGAGGCUAAAGCUAGUGCUCGCGGCUAUUCGGACUAGAGCUCUGGGCUUGGGCUCUGGGCUAGGGUUUUGCGCUAGGUCUCUGGGCUAGGGCUAGGGCUAUGGGCUAGGGCUCUGGGCUAGGGCUUAAAAUAAAAUUAGUUUCUGAAUAAUUGAUAUAACUGUGACAUGAAACAUACUAUGCUGUCAUUUGGGUUUAUUUGUUUUUGGGAGUCCAUUCGGAACUGCUAAAACUUUAAUUACACUUUUCGAAUGCUUAAUUCUAUACUAAAGGCUGGAUUAUUGGCUUAAAAGGGGGGUUAAUAUUGUUUCUAACUUUUUUUAAAAUUUUUUUUAAGCUGUAAGUUAAAAAAUAUUAAUCUUCAACCACUUAAACUUUACUUCUUUCAGGCCGCCUCCCUACUAGCCCCAUUUGCACCACGUCGACCACUCUUUCGUUCAUGGUCAUCACCAGCUUGUUUUGAACAACCUCCAUUAAACACAACUGAAAUCCUUGACGACCUCUACAACACUCCACAAGCCCGUCGCUUCUCCAGAAUCAUUGAUGAUGACAGUCUUCGAAUUUACGAAUUAAAUUCAAAUUUUGAUGUUCAAACCAAUUCAUCGAUAAAAAGAAGUCAGAGCUUUGAUUCGGAUUUUUUGAAGGCUUCGAAACGACGAAAUUCUUGGAGCAAACGGCGAAGGACUAGUACUAUUGGGUUCAGUCAUCACGACUUUGAUCCGAUUGAAGAGAGCUUGGAAGUGGAAGGUGAAUAUAGUGGUGUUGGUAGUAGAAUGGAAGGGGAAUUUGGUCCUAAUGGUACACAAAGAGAAGGUGAAUAUGGUCUUAAUGGCACAAGGAUAGAAGGUGAAUAUAGCCCUAAUGGUACUAGGCAAGAAGGCGAAUUUAGUCCUAAUGGUACUAGGCAAGAAGAUGAAUAUAGUCCUAAUGGCACUAGACUAGAAGCUCAAUGUGGUCCUACUGGUACACAAAAUGAAGAUGAAUAUGAACUUCUCAGUACGAAGGAAGAAAGUGAUCUAAAUGGUACAAAAACACAUGGUGAAUAUAAUACUAAUAGUACUGCCAGCCCAGGAUAUAGAAGAAAAGAAUACAGAGAAGGAGAUGAAAGCGAAAAUGAAGGGAAAUAUUAUGAAGAUGAAGAGACUAUGGAGGCUGAUAAGUUGUUGGGUAAGGCUAUAUAUAUUGAAUUGAAAAAAAAUUUUUUUUUUAAAAUUUAAAAAUAAAACAAAUCUUAAAAAACUUGAUUUAAAAAAAAUAUUUAAAAAAAUCAAAAAUUUUGAAAUUUUAAAAAAUUUAGGCUUUACCUAUAAAUUAGCACUGAUUUUUAAGUAAGGUAAUAAAAAACUCAAAAAAAUUGAAAAAUAGACAAACAAUGACCUACGUCAAUAUAUUUAAUACUAUGAUAAUAAAAAUUGGUAAUCUUUCUAAAAAAACACUUAAAAUAUCAGACUUCUGGUUUGUUUCUGAACAAAAGAACGCAAGAGUAAUCUGUUUAGAGUGUAAUGUUAUAAAAAAUUACAUAUUUUAAUUGCCAUGACAACGUCAAAAGAAUACAUUUUUCUAGAUAAAGUUUAGUAGAUGAUAGUUGUUACAGCUUUAUAAGAUAUAAGAUGCUCAGGCAUUUUUUGCUAGAAUUUUAAAUCUUUUAAGGAGCGAAAAGGGAAGGUAGAAUAAGGUAGAGUAAAUGCAAGAAGUAGUUCAGGGUAAGAUAUGUAUGAUGCAAUUUAGAGAAGGUUGGGGUAUGGUAAGACAUAUUAGGGUAAGGUGAGGUAGAACAUAGUGGAGUGGGGCAGCAUAGCAGGGUAGGGUAGAGUAGGGUAGGGUAGGAUAGGGUAGGGUAAAGUUUUAUAAUUUUUUUAUUGUUUUGUUUGUUUCAAAUUUAAAUUUUAGAGCUCCAAGCAGGAAACGACACAGACCACGACAACCCUUCAAUGUCCUCCUCAAUUCAUCAGCAGUUCAAUCUGGAUGAAGAUCGAAUGUCAUUAGAAGAAGAUGACUUUGAAGCAAAUGAAGGUGAAGAAUAUGACGUAGAAGAUAUGGACGAGGAUUUAGAAGACGAAGAAGAAGAUGAUGUUGUAGAGCCGUUGGAUGCUGGAUUGGCUGAGUUUUCGGCUAGAAGAAGGUCACAGUUCUUUAUUGCUAAACAGGGGGUUUUACCGCAGAGUAAGAGCGAUUCACAGUUGAAGAAUCGGAAGUUACGUGGACGAUCGUGGAGUUUUAAUCAGACUUCAAACCCUAAGGUGCUUAAACAUAGCCAUACUUAUCAUGAAGGUACUGUUGAGUACUAUGGUGGGGACGAUGGAGAUGAUCGAGGGUAUUCUGGUCAUGAAGAAUAUUCUGAUGACUAUCCAGGGCUUUCUGAAGCUAGUCAAUGUCACUUAAAAGCCAAGCAACACCCUUCAGGAGAUUCUCAAGACUACAACGAUCGAGAGCGUCAGGUAACAUUACCUGAAGACUUAGUCGAAAGCUUUGCCUUAGAGAAUGAACAACGAUGUAGCUUAGAAGAAUCAGAAGAAGAAGUUGAAGAUAAUGAUGAACUGGUCGAGUCGUAUCAUGUUGGACUUGAUCAACAUGCUGAUAAUGGAACUAACGAUCAUGGUUUUGGCUUGAAUGAUUGCUUGAGAUGUAGUUUGGAAAGGGAAUGCAAGGAUUCUGAAUCUGACGGUGAUGUAGAAGAUAAAAGGGAUUCUGAAGCUUACGAUGAUUUGCCGAAAGGCAAGGAUUCAGAAGUUAAUGAGGAUUUAGAAGAAAACAGAGAUUCUGAAGUAAUCCAUCCGGUCAAAGUUAGUUUAUUAGCUUCUGACAAAGAUUCUGACGUUCAAUCAAAGCCUCUACUACCAUUAAACAAAGAUUCAGAAGUCCAAAACCAUUGUCAACCAAAAAUCACAAAAUCUUCAACUUUUGAUGAUUCAGAAUCUGAAGAAGAGCCAGCAGUGUCAUCUUCUCAACUACUGUCAAAAGGUCUUCGUGGAACUCACAGCUUCUACGACAUUCAAGAACAUGUGGCCAAUGUGACACGCAGUAAAACGGACUACAAUUUAAGUUUGAAUUCAUGUUGUCCAUCACCUUCAAAAGGGUCCUGUCGUCCGUCAACGUCACGUGACAGUCAUUUCACGGAAGAAAGUGGGUCUACUAACAAGCUGGAAGGAGAAGAUAAGACUAAAGAUGUUGGUGAAGGGAGGAUGAGCUUGGAUUUUGAAGAUAUGGAAGAAAGAGAUCAAAAUGAUACAGAAGAUACAGAAGAACAGAAUGAAAAUAAAGAAGAUGAAGUAAAACAUGAAGAACAAAAAGAAAAUGAAAGAGAACAUAAAGAACAUAAAGAAAAUAAAGUAGGACAUAAAAUAUACCAAGAGUCAAAAAAAGAAGAUCAUAUUCGAGACGCAGAGGCCUUCACAGCCUUCAACAGUGGCUUGAACGAUCCUCCAGAAGCCUCGAAUCAAGAAGAAACCAAGGAAAAUCAUCCCCCAGUUCAUUCUCUACAUCCUCAACACUUUCCACUACAAUAUCAAGAUGAAGAUGUUACCAUGCAUACAGUAACCGAACACCCAACAACAUACGAUAAUGUAGACGACACUGACGAAGACUUACCGUUGGAUGUUAUGGAUGAAGUUACUGGAUCUUUGGAAGAACUUGGGGUUAUUGAUCAAGGCUCUACUCGGCUACGGAAACAGAAUUUUAAAAAUUUGAAGACUUCUGGGGAAACGGAUUCAGAAGAAAAUGUGAAUUUAACUACUGUAAACCCUAGGGUUGUUAACCGGCAACGAAAAAGAGAUCUUCUCCUAUCUAACGCUAUUCCAGACCGUGCUGAAAGUCUGCCAAGAAGCUGGAUUCCAGACAAAACCUUGAGUGAUGAAACGGAAAAGACUGGUGACCUAAGGAAAAGACUUGAAUCUGUUGCUUUGACAGCUAUGGCAAAUGCGUUAGAGAGCAUUGAAAGACAGGAGACGACAGAGAAUGGAAGGAUUAAUAAGUAUGUGACUCCAGAAGACGAUGACAGUUUGAGCAGCAUCAAGAAUCCGGCUCCAUUGGUGGCUAAACUAUUGUUUGGGACUUCCAAAGAAGACGUAAGUAAAAUACGUUUGUGAUUUUUUGGUCUUUAGGUAUUACUAAUUACUGUAUUUUAGUCUAGAUUUGUCCUUAUCCUUAGCUUUGGUUAAAGCUUUCGCCUUAGCUCUAGCUCUAGCUUUAGCUACAGCUCUAGCUCUAGCUCUAGCUCUAGUUCUAGAUCUAGCUCUAGUUCUAGUUCUAGUUCUAGUUCUAGUUCUAGCUCUAGCUCUAACUCUAACUCUAUCUCUAGCUUUAGCUCUACCUCUACUUCUAGCAAUAACCCUAGCCUUAAGCAUAGUCUUAACUUUAGUUCUUGCCAUGGAUUAGCCUUUCCUUAUCUCCAACUCUUCAAAAAAUGUCAUAUUACUCAUGAACAGCUACUUAUUUUUUGUUUGAAGUAUGAUACGCCUAUUUUCAAACGUUUGAAAAUGCCAUAACUUGGAUUGACAAGCUCUUCAAGUUGUUUGUGAAGGCGGUUUUUCAGGUUAUUCUUAACUUUCUUUUUGGUUUUUAAGUGCAACUGAAUGGUUAGUGCUUUGGUUUUCUUAUAGUAAUGUACAAUACUAAGACAGUACUUUGGGAAAAAAGGGUGAUGCUUUUUGUCGCAGGCAGUGGGGAAGGCAAAGGGAGAGAAUAUCAUAGUUUUGUAGCUUGUAGGGGUAAGACAGGUAUUAGGUGUCAACAUAAAGAAACCGACACACUUUUUCUGUAAUUUGUGUAAAAAAUGGCGGGUUCUUUAUUUCGGCACUAAAUAAGUAAGCUAGAAUGACGAAGAGUAGGGCAGGGUAGUUUUUUUUAUUUUAACAUAAUAAAACCAUUUUUAUGUCCAAAUAGCCUCAAAUACUAUUACAAAUAACUUAAUCUUUGCUCUCUCAUUUCAGAAAAUUUCAAUUUUAAUAACUUCUGUACCUCAUCCUAGCCGUUGGCAUAGUGACCACAGAGAGGUCUAAUUAAGCCAACAAUGUCGGGGAACAAAAUUAUUUGCAUACAAAUUUUACUUCUGUUUACGACAUUAUUUUAACGUGAAAAGCGGUGUUUUAUUAGUUAAAUUUUUAAAAAAUUUGUUAUUUUUUAUUUUUUGUUGUAAGCGGUUUAGGCGGGUUUCAUUGUGCUAGUUUUGUUAAAUGUUAAGGAUUGGCAGUAAAGUAAAAUGGAGAAUUAAUGAGGGUUUAACUUAAGAUUAGUUUAGAACUGUUCAAACUAACUUUAUAUUGCUAAAAGUUGGUUUAGCGGGUAAAAUUCGAAAAAGUGAUGGUUUAGAGAGUAUGGUAGGCUAUGGUAAGGUAGAGUUGUAGAAUGAGGAACGGACCGAGCCCAAUUUUUUACGUGCAAACGGGCCGGAUUUUGAUUUUCAGGCCCGAUCCGACCUAAAUUUGGGUCAAGGCCGGCUCGUUCCUUAUAUCUAGGUAGGGUAGGGUAAUUUUUUUAUAUCUUUAUGAAUCCUAAAAGCUAAAUGCUACCAUUUACGCCUUUUUUUAAAUAUUAUUCAAAUUUAAUUUUCUUCAAAAUAUGACCAAAUUUCAUUAUGUUACACGACCAGUCUUUGAUGUUCACUCUUUUGGUACGAAUUUUUAAUAUCUCAUCGAAUAGCCAUAUUUUUCGUUUUUAAAACUUAUUUUUAGAAGUUUUUGGGCUUGUUUUAAUUUUUAACAAGGAAAUGUACUCAGCCUGCCCUACUCAGAAUCAGCUCAAAAUUUUUAUCUGAAUCGUUUGUACCACCAAUAGUACCUAUAAAAAGUUUUAUCUCGCGUUUAUACGUUUUAAAACUAAAAUAUUUUAAGUUUCCGUCAAUUGCGCAAGUUUGGCAUUGUGUUUCAAGCAUUUUUUUGGCUUUUCAGUUAAGCUACGCUUACAAAUUGAAAAAUGAAAGUCCAUUUAAAGGUAUUCUACCAGUAUAUCAAAGGAAAAUGCUUAAAAGUCAAAAAUGGCAAAGUUAUUAGCUUGAAACACAAUGCCAAUUUAGCGGGGAAUUCAAAACAUAAUUUUUUGGUCUUGACUUUUUCAAGAUUUUAUAGAAAGCGAGAUUUAGUACUUAGCUGUUGAUCUUAUAUUUACAUGCUCAUUCGACUUAUAAAGCUUGAAGUCAAUCAUAACAAGGCAUGUCGGGCACCUCCCUUGUAAACCUUGCCCAUCUUACCAUAGGCCAAUGUCUGGUCCCAAAUGUGAAACUUUGAAUUUUGGUGUUAAGCUUGAACUUGGGCCGCGGCCUCGGGGGAAAAAUGAAAUUGGGAGAGCAGGAAGCGUAAUUGGAUUUGAAAUGAAUGAAUUCCGUCGUUUUUUCGAAAUAGUUUUGUCCACUAAAAUUCGGUGGUCCAAAUUGUUUUUGUUGGGAGGGACAAAACACGCAUUUCUAACCUUGUUUUUUGGAGGUUGCUAUAUUUGAUAUUAAUUAAAAGGCUGUAGAGUUGAAAAUACAUGAACAUGGAGGCUGUGGGUAAGGUUGGCUGAACAUUGCUAUCUAUUUUUCUAAUCUUAGAUUGAAAUUUUAAAUUUUUACUUUUACUAGUUAACUGAUGUCUACUAUAAUAUAUUGUGUCUUUUCAAAAAAUUUUUUAAAAUUUUUAUACUUUUUUUUUAACUUCAAAAUGCUUUUUAGAAUAGUUAUAAAGAUUUUGAAGGUCUAAAAAAUAUCUUUACAAAACGUGAUCUCGUAAUGUAGUGGUUAUCACAUCUGUCUAACACACAGAAGGCCGGCGGUUCGAGCCCGCCCGAGAUCAAAGUCUUUUUUUGGUCUUUUUGGACUUUAAAACGUAAAGUAAAAGAUAAAAUACGGGGAGUAAAUUUACAAAAUAAGAUUUUUGUUGCUUAAAAUAAAAAAAUACUUUAAAUAUAAAUUUGUUUUUUAUAUUUUAGGUAACAAAAAAUUGCAAAAAAAUUAAAGAAAGCUCAUGAAUUUCUAAUAGCUAUCAAUUUUCAUAAACUUUUAUUCUCCUUUUCUCUUCACAAACUUUCAUUCCACUGUCUUCAUCUUAAUAUUGCCCAAAGUCUUGGUUUUCAGUCUCAAAUUACACUAAAAUUCGUUGCAGAUGUCGGCCUUCUCUGGCGAUUGCACCGACUUUCCGAUGGCCGACGAUGAGACGGCCAUAGUCAACAUUCCAGCCGCGAAGGUGCCGAAGCCUGCACUACGCCGCCGUUCGCCGCCCAUCGCCUCCGAAGACGAGUUGAGUGAUAGUGAGAUUAGCGAAUUGGAGAGGCAAUUGGCGACUGGUGGAGCGGUGGACGUGCCGUUCUCUUCACGACAGAGGGAUUUGGUACACGACUUUGGGACGGGUAGGUUUGGGGGUGGUUGAUCAUUGUUUUAAGGUUUUAAUUAACAAAGAAAUUCCAAAAUUGGUAAUUGAAGUAUGGUAAAGUAGAGUAUGGUACUGUGCAGUACGGUAGGGAAGGGUGAAAUCACAACGCUGGCCUUCACAAAGAAACUUUAAAAGUAUAAUUUUUAAGGAAGGGUAGAUUAAUUUAGUGUAUAGUUGAGUAGGGUAGGGUAAAAAAUGGUAAGACAGGCCAAGGAAAGCGCAGGGUAGUGUAAUGUAAAUUAGAGUAGGGUAUAAUAGGAUAUGGUAUGGCAGGACUAGAAUAGGGUAGGGUAGGGUAGGGUAGGAUAGGGUAGGGUAGGGUAGGGUAGGGUAGGGUAGGGUAGGGUAGGGUAGGGUAGGGUAGGGUAGGGUAGGGUAGGGUUGGGUAGGGUAGGUAGUUUGAAAGGCUAAAACAAGGCAAAGCAUAGCCGUGAUCUCGUGGUGUAGUGGUUAUCACAUCUGUCUAACACACAGAAGGCCGGCGGUUCGAGCCCGCCCGAGAUCAAAAACUUUUUUAGUUUUUUGGGCAUUAAAACGUCAAUUAAAAGACAAAAAACGUAAAAUAAAUUUCAAAAUGACGGUUUUUGUUACCUAAAAUAUAAAAAAGUUUAGUUUUUUUUAUGUAUUUAGCUUACUUAAAAUUAAGUUUAUCAACUAUUUUUUGAUCUUUCAUGUAUGUAAAAGGCUGAAAAUGAACUUUUUUAAAAAUAUUUAGUUUUUUUGGAUAAUUAGAGGAACAAAAAUGAAAUAUUUAACAUUUUUUUUCUAAAAAACAUGACAUUGUAUUAAAAACCAGAUUUUAUGUGCCAUUUUUAUUAAAUUAUUUAUGUCUCACGUCCAAUCCAAAGCCAAAAUUUUUAUUUUUUCUUUUUGAUGUUUCCAAAUUUCCGCUUAAAAUUCGUAAAAACGUUGUUAACAUCGCGUAACUCGACUAAAACUGUUUUUAUGGAAUUCAAAAUCAAAUUUAUUUCAAUUUGUGGGCCUUUAAAAAGCAGUUUGCUCAAACAUUUUUUCUAAACGAGCCAAAACGGGAAUGGUUUUUCGGGCCAACUAUGUAUUACCCCGCCGAGGAUUGAGUGCGAAUUGCCUUGGGGGGAAUCUGAAGUUGUCUACAACUUCAUCUCUAAAAGAUUUGGAAACAUUUCUAUUGCUUUUGGGGGGUUUGCGUGCUUUUUGAUACAAAAAAGUUUUGGUUAAAGGUUAGAGGAGAGGUUAGAGUGACGUUUGGCUCUACCCCUGCCUAGUCCUACCCUUGCACUAACCUUAGCCUUAGCCUUGCUUUAGCCUUGUUUUGUGCUUGUCCUAGCAUUAUCUAUGCCUUGUUCUAGCCUUUCUGUAGCUUUGCCUUAGACUUGACUUACGCUUGCCCUGACUUUAUUCUAGCCUAGCAUUGUCCUAGCCCAGCCCUACUUUUUUCUGUUUUUUUUAGUCUAAGCAAUAGCCUUGCCUUCACCUUGCGUUAGUCCUGAUGCAUGUAUUUCCUUAGCACCAGCUCGUCUUUGAUUUGCCGUACCUUUAUUUCUAUAAACCACUUUUUGCAUUUACCCUGCCCUAAUUUCCAAAAAAAAAGUUUUUUCUUUUCAAAACUUUUCCGAGCUUCGCAUUCCUUUUGGCAUUCUUUCAUUUAGCCAAAAGUGGACGUCGGAGUUAAGUGAGGAAGGGGAUAAAAGGCCGGGGUGGUUUAAAAGUUGUCUUGGUCUUUUGUUCGGCUUUAAACUUGAAUAUGACAAGCAUGCAGGGCCGCAAAAUUCAAAAAGGAUUUUAGUUUUUUGCGGAAUUUUCAAGUUUUUUGACGUUUUUUAAAUUGCCUAAGGGUUUUUAACGUUUUUUAAAUUGCCUAGCGUUUUUAGGGGUAAGGUAAAUUAGGGUAGGGUAGUUAGCGAUAUUUCAGGUCUUGGUGGUUUUUUGGGAUAAGAGGCUUACUGUAACAAAAAAAAUUUUUUUUGAAAUUUUGAAGUUUUAGCUAAAAAAAAUUUUUUUUGUGUUGAAAAAGGUCUUGGAAACAAAGUUUUUGCUUCUCAAAACAUAAUUUUGCAAAAGAAUUUCUCACGCUCUUCCAACCUCUUGGCUAUGGCAUAUUAUGAUACUAUUUUCAUUAUUUUCCUUAGUAUCAUACUAUGCCCUAGCCGACUGCUAUAUUAGCCCUAGUAGUAAUAGUAUCAUAACCGAAAUGUACGUCAUAUUGACGUAGUAACCUCUCUCUCCCAAUGUUUUUUCUGAGUAAAUGUGGAUAAAUAAUUAAGCUCUUCUCUUAUUUUCUCACGAUGCAUAUGUAAUGUAAAGGGUUGUGUAGCAUGCUUUUACUCUGCCAAAACAAACGGAUUAUGUUAAUACUGGCUGGCGGGUUAAGUUGUUGAGUUAUCGGUAGGAAGGUUGGGUUUGAAAGGGUUUAAUUUACAGUGUAUUGGGUUUAAAAGAGGAGGAGGAUGGGGUGAGGGUAGGGUAGGGUAAGGUAGGAGGGUGUAGGGUAGAGUAGGGUAGGGUAGGGUAAGGUAGGAGGGUGUAGGGUAGAGUAGGGUAGGGUUGGGAGGGUGUUUUUUUUGGGAAAGGGGAUGGUUUUCUAUGUUUCAAUGUUUUUUAGACAGCAAAAAAUUAAAAAAAAAAUUUUUUUUUACCAUUUUCCCAUUUUUCUAAAAAUUACUCCGCCCGCAAUUUUUUCUUAAUCUCCCCCCCCACCACUUCAUUUUUUCCUCAUAGCCCUAGUAUCAGCUUUGAUCUUUCACUCUGUUCAUCACCUCCCCUGGCUCUAGCUCUGGCCUAAACCCUAGCCCUAGCUUUAGAUUUUGCCUUAACCCGCUCAUGACUCAAAAUUUUUUAAUGGCUAUUUUGGAUGUUGUCUUACAAAAGAAAACACUUUUUAAACUAGUUUUGUGUAAGAAUUAGUUUCUUACUCUUGAAUUUAUAACAUACAAAUUAAAAACGACCUUCAUAUAUAUCUGUCUUCGCCGUUUGUUUACUUACCUGUCCGCUCCUCCAAUCCCUGAUCGAGUUCCCACGGUGUGUGGUCAGGGCUGCGGGUGGUCAUUCAAAUAGACUAACUUUUUAAGGUUUUUUCUUGAAAGUAAUAGGUAGGAUCAAGAAUAAAGUAUAGGAACUGCUGGGUGGGUGAUUUUGGUCUAGAGGGGGAGAUACAGACAAAAAUUUUUUUUUUGAAAAGUACAAGCUCUUCAGUGCAAGUCCGACUAGUUUAGUCUGGGGCAAGAGAUUGUUUUCUAAGAGCAAGGGGGGGGGAUCAAAAAAGCUUUCGUAAGUCAAAAUGGUGAAGGUACGAUCAACUUUUUUCAAAAAAAAUUUUUUUUGUAUUUAAAUUCUUCUCUACCUUUUCGUUUGAAAAACAAUUCUUUGUGGUGAUUGAUCUCUCUCUCCCUUUGCAACAAGUUUCAAUCAAAAGAUCAUACACUGCGGGUGGCAAUGAAAUUACUCUGCAAAGCUCUGCGGUUUUCGAUCGGGUUUUGUAUUGCGCGAGAGGAAAUUUUUUCUGUAUUGAGAGGAAGAGGCGGGUCAAGAGAGGUCAAAGAGGGUUGUCAUACAAUGAUACGAUGAGUUACGGGUAGAUGAAAUUUGGCUUACUAGGCCGAGGGCUAGCCGAGUCGAAAAAAAUGUAAGAAGGGUGGGCCUCAAAAAAUGAGACCGGGCAGGUUAUUUUAGUUUAGAGGUAAGGAGAGGGGAAGUUUUUUUGAAAAAAUAAUGAAUAAAGGGGCACGGUAGCUAAUCACGUUCAAUUUUUUUACAAAAUUUUUUUUUGAUGGUGCAUAUGGAGGGAAGGGUAAAACUGGUGGGGUAGUUUUUUUAGUUUUUUUUAGAAUUUGUUAUUAAUUUUUUUUAACGGGUAGGGCAAGUUAGGGUAAGGUAUAACAGGAUAGGUUAGGGUAGGGUAUACCAAAAUAGGGUAGGGCAAAUUUUACUAAUCAUCCUCUUAUUUUUUUUUAAAUCUACGGGGGGGACCAAGUUUAACUUUUUGAACAAAAAAUUUUAAGUUGGGCGGGGUAGAUUUUGUAAAUUUUUGAAAAUUAAGCUCUAAAGACUAAUAUUUGCUAAAUUUUGACUCAGCAUGGAAUUUCUCUUUAAAAAAAGCUUUGAAAAAGCUAUUUUAAAGCCCUACAACUACCUAUUUUCUUAACAAUAGCCCAACGGAUUUAUUAUUUGUUUUGGGCGGUGGAAAAAUGUUUAUUGUGGCUUUUACGGUCAGGUAACCGAAGUGGAAAAACGCCCCGAAAUUAGGGGAUAUUGGUGUGAGAUUUUUGUUUUUGAACACCGCCAUUCUUAUGUCUUUUCGACACCGUUAUUACUCUUUAAGAAGCGUGUAUUUCAAGCGAUAUACUUUAGUUUAUUUUGGUGUAUCAGAGGUACUAAAUUGUUUUAAAGGUAGUGACAGGGCAGGGCUGGGUAGAACUGUUUUUGAAGUUUCAGAUAAGGCAUGGAAUAAAGGAUAGAAAAGAUAAACAUGGCGAGGCAAGGCAGGGCAGGGUAGGACAGGUUCAGGAGAGGGCAAGGUAAGGUAGGAAAAGACUAGAAGAGAGCAGGGUAGGGUAUGUUAGGGCAGGGCAGGGUUACGUAAAGUCGUUCAGCGUACAGUACGGUAAGAUAGAGUAGGUUAAGGUAGGGCAAGGCAAGGCAAGGCAAGGCAGUAGAGCUACUGUACAGUAUCUACCUCUUAUAUUACUAUAACAUUUGACUCAAAUUUAACGUUUCAACACCAAUAUAUUACCUAAUAUUAACCUUCUUAAUGUUUCAGACAGCGAAGACGAGGACAACAUGCCGUCGACGGCAUGUCAGUCCGAGCUGAGCGCUCAUCACUUGUACGCAAUGGCCGGUUCUUCAUCCCUACCGUCAUUCGCCUUCACUGCUGACGUAUUUGAGACAUUGGCCGAGGAGAUGGUUAAGGAUCAACGUGACCAACUAGAGGAAACUGCACAGUGGCUACGGAAGAGCAAAACACAAUGUUUCGAGAAUGAUCAGGUAAGGGAGGGUAUUUUUAUUUAAGUUUUAAAAAAAUUUUAAAAUGGUUAUUUCCAUUUCUUACUGUUGUAUUAUCAUAUUCUGAGUAAAAAGUAAAAAUAAGCGCUUUUAAGCCAUGUUCCUCGGUAGUAUAGUGGUAAGUGUCCGCGCCUGUCACGUACUAGACCCGGGUUCGAUUCCGGCCGGGGAGGUCAGCUUUUUUGGUCGUUUUUUCUGUUUUUCGGGAUUCUUGCCAUAAAAAGUCAUUUUAAAAAAAUUUAUUUUUUAUUUUUGAGUACAGCUUUUGAUAUUUCCUUAUCAAAAAAUUGGAAAAAAUUCGUUUUUUGCUUGAUUUAUCGAUAAUUGUCCCUCUUUUCACUGAAAUAGCCCUAUUUCAGACCAAAAAUCUUAUUUUUUUGAUUAUUUCUAAUACUUUUUCAUAACUUUAAAAAAACUUUUAAUUUAUUCUGCAAAAUUAAUCCCUUUGCCCAUUAGAGGAGGGGAAAGUCGAAAAGGGAGAAAAUUGAAGUAAGGGCCGGCCGAAGACGGGUAUUACGACUGUUCCGAAGGCUUGUUUUAAGUGGUUUCGGGAUAUUACUCGGCUUCUUUCUGGCCUUUGGGCGUGUGUUUUGUACGGACAUGACAUUGUGGUUGUUUUGAGGCAUAGCCAGGCUUGGACACAGGGCAGGGCAUUGGCAAAUUUCCAUGCCAUGCCCUGUGCCCUGCAAUGCCCUGCCCUGUACAGGGCAUUCGACUUUCAUGCUCUACCAUGCCCUUGCCCUGCAGGGCAUCAGGGCAUUUACAGGGUAUUUACAGGGCAUUUGGUUAUAUUUCGGAGGACGCCUCCGCCGAGUAGUUGAUAAUCGGCGGACGCCAUAACUUGGUUAGUUUAGCAGCUAGAAACAUGUAGUUAAGUGUAGAAGUUGUUAUCUGUUAUAAUCUACACGUUAAGGCAGUAAUUUAUGUGUUUGAAAGCAAUAUUUUUAUCGACCGGUCGAUAAUUAACAAUUAUUUAAUUUGUACAAAAAACAACGUUUUUUACUAAGAAUUGUACCUAACGUAAUUUCUGUACGAUUUAGAACAAAAGAGCGAUAAGAAUAUAUAUAAAAUUUGCAAUUAAAAUAUACUAAAAAUUAUCAACCGGUCGAUAACAAUACUACUUUUAAAAUCUUAAAACUAUGCUCUUAUCUGUAGCCUAUGACAUAUUAUAACUUCUGAAUUUAACUACAUAUUUAUAGCUACGAAACUAAAUAAGUUAUGGCGUCCGCUGAUUAUCGACCGCUCGGCGGAGGCGUCCGCUAAAACUUACCAUGGCACAAACAGGGCAUUUGCAGGGUAAUGCAGGGCAUAUGCUAUGCCCUGCUAUGUUCCAAGCUAUACCAUGCCCUGUAAAAAAUUUUAAAACAUGCCCUAUACCAUGCCCUACCAUGCCCUGUAACAGGGCAUGGUACAGGGCACCCUGCCCUGCGUCUAAGCCUGGGCAUAGCGGGUGUUAUUUUAGUAAAAUACGAGUUAAAUAACUUACUUUUGUUUUCAUGUUUUAAAAUUUUUUUUUGAAAUAAGCUUGAUAUCUGAAAAAGUAUUUUAUGGAAAUAUAUAUGGAAAGCCAGUUUUGUUUAGUGUAAUAUAAUAAAAACUUUCAGCCACCCUCCGGGUUGAAUUUAAACUUUGGCUCAAGAAGGCGGAUAUUACCCAUGAGGCCUGAUGAUAUCCCAGCAGCUCAAGGUAAGAACUAUUUCAAAUUUUGGUUUAUACUAAAAGGGUUUUUGAAUCAAACUCGUAUUUUACAUUAAAUUGUACUUUUUCAAAAAAAAUAUUAUUCUUAUAUACAGUGGAACUCCUCUAUAACGAAUCGCUCGGGGACUUGAAAUUUGUUCGUUAUAAAGGAGUUUCGUUAUACAGGAGUUUUAAAUGCACUGUGUAGUGUUGGCCGGGGAUUUAAAAGUUGUUUGUUAUACGGGAGUUUUGUUAUAGAGGAGUUCGUUAUACAGGAGUUCCACUGUAGUAAGAUUACUAUAGCUCUCGUACUAUAUAGCACGGUAACUCUAGACCUCGUGUAUGUAGCACGGUUACUCCAGUUUUUGUAAUCCAAAGCGCAAUUACUACAGAACUCGUACUAUAUAGCACAGUACUUUAGUUCUCGUACUAAAUAGCACAGUUUUCUCUAAUGACAUGACAUCAUGCAUUUGUUUGUCUGAAAUAAAACUUAAAACUUCUGUAUCAAGAUGAAAGUUGUAUUUAGCUUGGUAUUGGGGGAAAAUAUUUUUCAGUCCAAAAACAAUAAAAUGCCGCAGGGCGAGUUUUUGAGCGAAGCCAUAUUUAUAAACGACGGCUUCGUAUAGCUGACGGUAUUAUAUUACUCACAAUUGAAUUAUUAGCCAUUUUUUCAUUUUUAUAAAAGAAAUAUGUUGAUAAUGGCGUAAAAAUUGUUCUUGGCAAGGUUUUUUUGGCAGUUUUUGCAUGGCGAAGUUAGAGUUGGGGCUAUUCUUUUUUUAAGAGUUGUGAAUGGGAAAGUAAAAAAAAAUUUUAUUGAUUUUAAUUUUUUUUGUUUUAAAAAAUGUUAGGGUAGAGUAGGACAUGGUAGGGUAAAAUAGGAUAAGGUAGAAAAGCUUAGGGUAGAGUAGGACAUGGUAGAAUAGGGUAAGGUAGGGAAGGGUAACGUAUGGUACCAUAUAUUUACUUUUCAAGCUAAAAUUUACACCCGACUUGUUUUUCAGUUUGCUCAGUCCCGGUCCGAUCAAAAAAUUCUUAAUUUUAGGCCUAGUCUAGAACGUUUUAAAAAAUUUUUGCGUUGAGGAUUACUUUUUUUUAUUUUUUUUGUUUAAAAACCCGCCCUAGUCUGGCUUGAUUUUUUUGUUUCAAUAACUCAAUUUAUACGUAGGGUAUAAAGUUUUCUUUUAUUAUUGGGCAAACUUGCACUCUCUGUUUGGCUGUUUCUUUUACAUUUCCUGUUUGUGUUUUCUUUUUCUUUCAAAAUAACAUAAAUUUUAAAAAACGUUGGUGUAAAAAAAUGUAACUUUAUUCUGUCUUUCUGUUUUAAAGUUUGGAAUCAAUACUUUUUUAUUAGAAGGUUCCUCUUCUUUUGGCCUAGUAGGGAAAAGGGGUGAUUUUUUUAAGUUUGCAGAAGUAUGGCUAGGCUUAUAGCUAGAGUGAUGAGGUGAGGGAUGGAGCUUUACGGCAGGCUUAAAGUUCCGGGCUAUUGCUUUGGGCUAGGGUUAGGGCUUUCGGCUAGAGAUCUGGGCUUGGGCUCUGGGAUAAAGUUAAAGCUAGUCUAUUUUUUGGCUAUUGAUGGGGGAACGUUAUCUCUAUUCCUCUCUCCUCCCCCCCCCCUUUUUUUUCUCAAAUUCUUCCCCGAACAUGCCCUUUUCCGUCUUCAUCAUGCUGUUGGAGAAUAAAUUCUGGGGGCCGAUUGCGCAGUGUUUUUGCCGAGAAGCCCCUAAGGCAAUGUGUGCUUUCAGACGGCCGAAGAAGCCAGUUUUCCGGUUUCUUCAUUUGCCUUUAGUGACAUUAUUGGCGAGGGAAAGGCCACAAAAAGCCAUCCCGAGGCAGGGGAGGGGGGAUAAUGUACUUCCAAGGUCAUACGAUUGUACUAUGCAGCGUUGACAGGGUUUGUACUUGGUAUUGGAGGGGAAGAUGGCAGCGUUUCUGGGUAGAGUAUUCUCUUUUAUAUGUAUGAAGGAAGGUUUUUUUGGUGUAGGGUAGUUUUAUAUUAACAAAGAAUUUUUAGUGUAUUACUUUUUAGAUUGAGAUAGUGCAGGGUAUAGUAAAUUCAAGAAGAGCAUGAUAAGGUACCGCGUGAUUGCGUAAGAGUAGGUUAGGGUAGUGUACGGUAUUUUUAUAUUGAUCAAUGUUUUUUCGAGAAGGCUCUUUUAAAUCAAAGUAGGGGUCUUUGGCAAGGUAGUUGCAAUUUUUUAUAUUGGUAAGGGAGGAGGGGUUGUUUUAAGAUUUUUAAAAAUAUUAUAGGGUUUUUUCUAUUGGCUUAUAAAGGUAACGUAGAGUAAAUGAAAAAAGGAUAUGCCUAGAAUAGUGUAGGGUAGAAUUGUAUAGUAUACUAUGGAAUUAGAACAUGCUAGGCUAGAGCAGAGUAGAGUAAGGCAAGACUUUUUUGGUGCAGUUAAGGGUGGUGUUCUAUUAGGGUAGGGUAGACUUGGAGCAUGCUAGUCUAGAGCAAUGUCAAGCAGUACCCUAACUUUAAAUCAGAUUUUUUAAAAUUUUUAAUAAAAUAUUUUGGUAAGUAAUGACGUUUUAUAUACUAUAUGAUCAUGCGUUGCCACAACAUACAAAAAACGCAAUAUUUGUGGCCAAAUUAGGCCAAUUCUGCGUUGAACAGUCCAAUCUAUUCUCUUUCCAGUCUUCUGUUAUGUCGUUUCUGAGAUGGCGGCCUUACAAGUGGUCUAAUAGUAAUAUAAGAAUGGGGAUAGUAUAGUUUAUGUUGAUCUAACAUGAAUUGUACUUGUCUUAUAUAUUAAUACCAAAAAACAUUUUUUUAAAGCUUUUUUAAAAUUGAAAAAAAUUAGGGUGGACAGGGUAAGGUAGGGUAAAAUAUGAUGCGAUAAGGCAAGGUUAAGGCUACAAUAAGGCAGAGAGGAGUAGAGUAAAGCAGAAUAUUGUAGUUUUCUGCAGAAUAGAGUGAGAUAGGGUAGCGUAAAGCAGGAUAAAAUGGUUUAGGGCAAUAUAGAGCAAGAUAGGGUAGGGUAGGGAAAAUUUGUUAAUAUUUUUUCCAUUUUCCUAUACCUUCUCUAUGAUAACCUCAUGCAUUAUUCAAUGCCAAAAGCAUCAUUCUAUGACGAAAUUGUCUCUAAAUUGUCAUAGGAUGACAACAUUUUAGCCAAAAAAGUUUUCCUUCAAAGCCUUCUGGAAUGGGUUUUGUUUAUUUGAGAAGCGCUCUGUGGAGUCGUUUUUCAUCUCUCCCUUCCGGCAAUUUUAAUCUUCUAAAAAAUGUAAUGUAAAAAGCCGAGCUUGGGCACGAGGUUUGCAAAUUUAUUGGUUUUGUACAUUUUUUUGGAAGAUGGGGUAUGGGUGUUUAAUUAAAUGUUGAAAAUAUAAAUUGGGGAGGGGGUUGGUUAAAGCAAGGCUGAAUAGGGUAGCGAAGGUUAGGGUAGUGUAAGGUAGUGUAGCGUAGGGUUGAUUAGGGAAGGGUAGGAUAGGGUAGCGAAGGGUAGGGUAGUGUAAGGUAGAAUAGCGUAGGGUAGCGAAGAGUAGCGAAGGGUAGGGUAGUGUAAGGUAGAAUAGCGUAGGGUACGUCUGGAUAAAGCAAGGCUGAAUAGGGUAGCGAAGAGCAGCGAAAAGUAGGGUAGUAUAAGGCAGGGCAGCCUAGGAUAGGUUAGGGUAAAAUACGACAUAAUAGGGCUGGGCAGAGUAAGGCUGAAAAAUUAAUUUUGGGGUCAAAUGAAAAAAAUUUUUAAGGGUAGGGAGGGGGGGGAGGAUUUUUUUUGGGUGGGGAAGGGUGUGAUAAGUUAAAAACAUGUAAAAAAUGUUUUUUGAGGUUUAGCGAAUUUUUUUUAAUUAUUAAAAAACUUUUUUUGAGUUGCGUAAGCAAAAAGUCUUGCCGUUUUUUACUGUGCAAACAUUCGCCAUUUAACGACAAGACUUUUUUAUGCUUUACACUGUGUACGCCAAUAUAUACCCAAAUGCUUUGUAAAUACUCUGUAAAUGACCAGAGUUUUGCCUUUUGGGUCCGGUCCGUGCGGUCUGGAUUUUUGAAUUUAUUUUUCCCGCCAAACUCAUAUCUCGAAAAAUAUUAUAGAUAUCAAAAAACUAACAGCAUCUAGAAGGGUAAGCACCAUUCCAAAUAGGGGGUAGAAAAAGUUUCAGACCGAUCCGACCGGUAGAAAAAAAGCGCGGGAAAACAAAAUUCAAAUUCCGGACUCCCGCAUUGGGUCCGGUCCGGUACGAGAAGAACUCUGGCCCUGAUGCCCUGCAGGACAAGGGCAUUGUAGGGCAAGGCAUGAAAGUCAAAUGCCCUGUACGGGGCAGGGCACAGGGAAUGGCAUGAAAAUUUGCCAAUGCCCUGUGUCUAAGCAUUUUUAAACAUCAUACGAUUUUAUAUUAUGUAGCAGACCUUUUAUGCAUAUAGCUAACACUUUAUCUUUUGAAGGCAUCUUCUACCAAAAAAAAUAUCUUUGACAUAUUUCAUCGUAUUUGCAUACUUUUUUUUUGAAGAUUGGUCUUUCUAUAUACAUUCUUCUUGUUUUUAUAGAAAAUUAAAGCGAAAUUUGUAUUCUUUACUUCAAUUUUGUUAUUAUUGUAGUUUUUGAAGGCAAUUUUUGAAAUGACGAUCUAAAUUUCACUAGCCUUGACGUCAAACUGUUGUUAUGUUCAACGACAGCCGGCUAAUGGCUUUUCUAUUGGAUUGUUUAGCAAAUUCUGCCUUCUCUCUCAAAACAAGGUCUUGGUGCUAGGGGGCACACGACUUUUUGGACAUUUUAAUAUUUUAUUCACUUUUUUUUAUAUUUAAAUAUCAAUUUUUAAUCCUUUUAUAAAUCUAUUGAUCACUUUUCUAAAAGUUAUAUCAUUUUCAGUCCAUCCCACCCCCUCUCAGCCGCUGGUCCGUGCCUUUACUCACGAGCAACAUCAGCAACUUCGUCAAGUUAUUCAACAAGACAACCCUAACGAUAAUAUUGUCCUAGCCACGCCGAAUUCAGUCGAAAACGCUAAGCGGAUUCACUCGACAACAGUUGUCCAGUGCUCGCCCCAACCUUCGGUGCAUGUGCCGCGAAGGUUGCCGACUUUGCCCGUAGACAACUAUAAUAUGUAUGGGAAUCCACAGCCGGGCUCGUCUAGCAACGUUCCGACUGGUAAGUGCUGAAGCUUAAGCACUAGUCCUAUUCCUGAUCCUAGUCUAGAUUUAGUCUAGAUCCGUAGUCCAGAGCGCUAGGUUAGAGUUCGCCCUAGCCCAGAGCCGUAGCCCAGAGCCCUAACCCAGGGCCCUAGCUCAGAAGCCUAGCGUAGCUCAGAAGCCUAGCCCAGAGCCCUAGCCCAGAGCCUUAGCCCACAGUCCUAGUUUUAGCGCUAGCAUAGAGACUUAGAACUAGUCCUAGUGCUAGUUUUAACCCAGAGCCCUAAUCCACUCCCCUACUCCUUUGCUAGCCUACGUUAACAUAAACAUAUCACAUUUAUGUUUAAUUUUCCUUUUCAGUUCCCAAGUACAUUCCCCGUCCCCACCUAACAAAUCAAGUCGUGCCUCGAGGCACCAUGGCUUCCCAAGCCGGUCACCGACAUGAGUAUCAACUUAGCUACGGUAUCGACCAGUCGUUAGUCCGAUCCACGACCAACUAUGGCUUAGAAGACAGCUAUUAUGAAGACGGUAUUAACGGUAAUACCACAAUAUUCGAUCAGAAACAUGGCUACAACGCCGAAGACUCAUCGGGUAUCUCAUCCUUCACAUCCGACCCCAACCCCUCGGGCGGUCCUACUCACCGUGCUCAAUUCACGUUCGUCCCACGGCACGACGAUGAAGUAUUGAUGGAGGUGGGGGAUGCGUUAAGGGUGGAUCGGGAAUACGAGGACCAUUGGUGCUAUGGUACGAAUUUGAGAACAGGCCAGACUGGACUGUUCCCGGCUGCUCAUGUUUGCGAGAUUGAUCUGAUUGAAGAGAUCAGUAAUAGUGUUCUUAAUACUGGUGGUCCAGGUGAGUCAAUCUUAUAUUGUGGUAUAAUAAAGCCAAGUGGUUGUAGAGAGAAAGUAAGCCAAGGGUAGGCAAAAAAAAGAAAUGGUAAGGCAAGAGUACGGCACGGGUAGGGCAAAGAUAGGGCAAGGAUAGGGCAAGGGUAGAACUAGGAUUGAGCACAGAUAGGGUAUGGUAGGGCAAGAGUAAGGCAAAAGUGGGGCAAGGGUAGAGCAAGGAUAGGGCAAGGGUAUGGUAUUGUAGGAUAAGGUAGGGUAGGGUAGGGUAGAGUAGGGUAGGGUAAUUUGAAUUUUAGGUAACAAAACUUCAAAAAAAAUUUUUUUAAAAAUAUUUUGCAUGCUUUUAAAAAUGGCACGUUAGAAAAUAUAAUACAGCGGAAAAGAAAGUUUUGUCGUUUUUUUCUUUUAAAAGACUUGUAACUUGACGACAAGACUUUUCUAGUGUUUUACCACACAAAAAAAUGACAAAAAAUUAAAGAAAAUAAAAAAAAAUAUUUUUUAAUCUUCCAAUUUCAGAAAAAACCCCCUGCUCAUCAGAGCGAGACACAUUUUACCUUACUAUGUUGGCUUCAGUAGAAGUAGCACAUCAUAAAGGUAAUGAUGUGUUGGUCCAGGCCAUCAACAAAGUCUGUGAAAUGUAUCAGAGAAAAGAAGAAAUACUGGUGCCUCAAACCGUGCUAAUGGAAGUGUCAUUCCGUGGAAUUCAUAUUAUCGACAAAAGGAAAAAAGAUGUGGGUUUAAGUUUUUAAAACAAUUUUAAUUUAAGAUUAUCAUACCAUACUAAACCGUACCAUACUAAUGUUUUUGGCCUUUACCUGAUUUUUAAAACAGUUGUUUUUUGAUAAAUGGCAAGAACUUUCUUUACAAAACAAAAAAUGAAAAAAAAUUUUUAUAUUUUCCCUCCCCCCCUUAUUUAUUUAAUUUUAGGGUGUGCUAGUCUGAUACUUUUUAAAACAUUAUAAUUUUUUUAAAUUUUUGUUUUUAAAAAUAAAAAAAACUUAUUUCAAAAUUUUCAGAUCUUCCGCUGCCCAACCUUUGACUACUUUUAUUCGCUGCAAAACAUAUCGUUUUGUGGUGCUCAUCCCACGCAACUACGGUACUUUGGGUUCCUGACCAAACAUCCGCUACUGCCUCGCUUCGCAUGUCAUGUGUUUUUGUCACAAUCUUCAACUCAACCUAUCGUUGAGUCCAUUGGGUAGGUUUAUUGAACACCAUGCACGACAAUUUUUGAAAAACGUUCAUAAUUUUACCUUACCCUGCUCUAUCGUAUCCUACUUUACGAUACCUUAACUUACCCUACUCUACUCUGCCCUAUCCUGCCUUGCCUUGCCUUGCCUUGCCCUGCCUUGCCUUGCCUUGCCUUGCCUUGCCUUGCCUUGCCUUGCCUUGCCUUGCCUUGCCUUGCCUUGCCUUGCCUUGCCUUGCCUUGCCUUGCCUUGCCUUGCAUUGCCUUGCCUUGCCUCGCCUUGCCUUACCCUGCCUUUGCUCUGCCUUUGCCCUGCCUUUGCCCUGCCCUGCCCUGCCCUUCUUUCCUCUAUCUUACACUCACUUUAGCCUACCUUACCUGAUUUUAUCUUACCUUGUUCUAUCCUACUCUAACAUAUUCUACUCUACUCUACCUUGCUCUAACUAACCCUGUCUUACCGGCCUUUAAUAUUUGAAAAUCUAUACGAAAACGUUUUCAGACGUGCCUUCAAACGUUCCUACGACGAGUACAUGGCAUUCGCCCAUCCCACCGAAGACAUUUAUAUCGAAUGA